AUGGUAUGCGUCGCGUGCCUGCUGUCGCUCUUCCUGAUCCCGGUGGUCAACGCCCUCCCUUACCUCAUCAACCUCAUCAUCAGCAAGGUGUAUCGGCUAUUUGGAUGGGAGUACCGGAGACCUGAAAGAGUCCCACCUGCUUGUCCUUUCAAGCCUGCAGCUCAGAAGAACGAUGAGGGUAAUGAUGAAUACGAGCUAAACACACAAACCAUGAUGGAAGCAAUUGCCGCAGCUGGUGCAACUAGAUCGGGGUGCAGUGGCCGGGCACAACCUGAAGCCCAGAACAUGUCCCUAAUUCUUGUGCCCAUGACAACACAUUGA